AGAAGUCUCUUGGUUUGGCUGGCAGGCAUCGGAAGACAACUACCAGUGCCGAGUGAUUAACGGAACGUUAACCUAACAACUGUAAUAACCGAACAGUCUCUGAACUCUCUGACAUUCCGUCGGUACUUGCUACAGUCCUCUCGCCUGGUUUAGAGAGACUUUAGGUCGCGACGCUCACAUUUUCGGUAGAAUUUACAUCGGAUACAUUUAAAGCGAAAUAACGUACACGGGUUUGGGUGAAAUGUAUGGUUAGAAUCUUUUGAGGAGGUAGUCAGCUGUAGUUUCUCCUCAAGGAGCGAGGAAUGCUAUCUGAGCAUCAAUGUUUCACUGGGGCAAGUGGAAGAAGAGGAUGGGAGCCAACAGUUCUUCAAAGAGACCCGUCUUCGACGAAAACGAAGAUGUGAACUUUGACCACUUCCAGAUAUUACGGGCCAUUGGGAAAGGAAGCUUUGGAAAGGUAUGCAUUGUGCAAAAGAGGGACACGGAGAAGAUGUACGCCAUGAAGUACAUGAACAAACAGCAGUGCGUGGAGAGAGAUGAGGUCCGAAACGUCUUUAGAGAGCUUGAGAUCCUACAGGAAAUUGAACAUAUUUUUUUAGUAAAUCUCUGGUACUCGUUUCAGGAUGAGGAGGACAUGUUCAUGGUGGUUGACCUCCUGCUGGGAGGAGAUCUGCGCUACCACCUGCAGCAGAACGUCCAGUUCAGUGAGGACGCUGUGAAGCUCUACCUCUGUGAGAUGACGCUGGCUCUGGACUACCUGCAGAACCAGCACAUCAUCCACAGAGAUGUCAAGCCAGACAAUAUCCUGUUGGAUGAGCAAGGUCACGCUCACCUAACGGACUUCAACAUAGCGACGAUAAUAAAGGACGGAGAGAGAGCCACUGCCUUAGCUGGAACCAAGCCCUACAUGGCCCCAGAGAUCUUCCAGUCUUUUGUUAGUGGGGGUACAGGCUAUGCCUUUGAUGUAGACUGGUGGUCACUAGGGGUGACAAUCUUCGAAGUGCUUCGUGGAUGGAGGCCCUAUGAUAUCCAUGCCAGUAACUCGGUGGAGUCCCUGAUGCAGCUCUUCAGUACAGUCAGUGUCCAGUACAGCGCAGCCUGGCCCAAGGACCUGGUCUCCCUGCUGAGGAAGCUACUGACAGUGAACCCAGAGCAUCGUUACUCCAGUCUGUCUGCCAUGCAGGCAUCUGCCUACCUCACUGACGUCAACUGGGACGCCGUGUACGAGAAGACCAUCGAGGCCGGAUUUGUUCCUAAUAAAGGGCGCCUCCACUGCGACCCCACCUUUGAGCUGGAGGAGAUGAUCCUGGAGUCGCGUCCCCUUCACAAGAAGAAGAAGAGGCUGGCCAAGAACAGAUCUCGAGAUAAUAGCAAGGAUUCUCAGUCUGAGAACGACUACCUACAGGAGUGCCUUGAAGUGGUGCAGCAGGAGUUCAUGAUCUUCAACCGAGAGAAGUUGAAAAGGCGUCAGGAGGAGGGUCCGCCCGAGGCCGGGGGGGAUGAUGCCGGGGGGGAUGAUGCCAGUGGAGACGGGGAGGCUGAGGGCGGGGCCACCGACGAGGAUGCACCCGAGCCAGAGCCGGAGCCCGAGACCUCCUCCAAACGGAGCAUGUGCGGCUCGGUGUGCUCCUCCCCCGGCAGCUGCUAGCCCUUCAGCGCCUCAGAGACCCUCGCAGGCUCUCUGCCAGCUGCAGUGUCUGUGCCAUGCCAAUAGAAACAUUCUCACCUCUCUCUGUUGUAGCCAGGAGCGGAGGGGCCGCACAGCAGGACCCCCAAUUUUUCCUCCUUUUUCCCCCUGUAGCAUCCUUCAGGUAGGGCAUGAAUGAAGAUUUCCAGAGAGUCCCCGCCUCCUGCACCCAUACGCCCUAGAGUAAGCUCUAACUUCUAUGCAAUCUUACAGUAUAGCAUGACAAAUAAAGUAUCACUUACUAGGAGGAGCUGUUCACAAGCAGGAAGCUCCACGAGCAUGAUGACAUCCCGAGAAAUAGCCGUUCACGCUCUUUGGGCCAUUGUGGUUUAGGGUGAGGACGCCUCCACUCUCAGCCUUCCUGUUCAAAAUCUGAUGGGGGCGGCUGAAUUAUUCAGCACACGCAGCCAGCCACUCAGUUUACGCUAUUGCCUGAGUCUUCAGUUCACUCUUCCUCUCCCCCAGUCUCUUUCAUGUAAUGUGUGCCCCAAUUCAGAACGCUGGUUUCUCCUGGAGCAACUUCUCCGAGACACAUGUACAGUAAGUGGCUGUGUUCAGACAGGCCAAGAAAUUGCGGCUGGUUUCAUGUCGUAAACCCGUUGCAAGUUGUGCCUGUCGAUGAUAAUCAGUAUUCGUUGGGUGCAUUAAAGGUCAGAAUGUUAGUUUGAUUUUCCUCUCUAAUGGCGCUUUUCCACUGCAGCACGUAGCACGUUUUUUUUUUGCUUUUCCACUAGGGGUAGUUCCGGCUCAGCGCUAAUUUUUCACCUUUUUUCUGGCCCUCCAAAAUCGAGGUUCUUACCGGGCCAACAACCAGGCUGAAUAUGCUAAACUAGUGACGUAAACACUCUCGACUGCUGAAUGGUCAGAGAAUCGCUGGCAAGGGGGCUACAACUACAACAA